AGUCAGCGAGCGUGCAGUCGCGCGUGCUCCUCCAUCCAUCCGUCCAUCCAGUGGCGUUUGUGCUGCUGCAGCUCCGCGCAACAUGGACCCUCCGAGCAGCAGCCAGACGCGGACAAUCUGACGCGCCUGCGGGACUCGCGAUAUACGCCACGCGCCGGGGCAGGGAUGAGGUGCAGUCCGGCAGACGCACACUGCUAGGCGAGUCGACGAGCGUCAGCGAUGUCAAAGAGUCUGAAGAAGAAGAACCACUGGACGAACAAAGUCCACGAAGCGCUGCUCGGCAGGAACAAGGAGGGCGAGCUGGGGUUCGACUUGAAAGGGGGCGCCGAGAACGGCAAUUUCCCGUAUUUCGGGGAGGUGAAGCAGGGGAAGGUGGCCAUCCAGAGCGGCAAGCUGUCCCAGGACGAGCUGCUGCUGGAGGUCAACGAUACACCGGUGGCAGGGCUCACCAUCAGGGAUGUGCUGGCCGUCAUCAAGCACUGCAAAGACCCGUUCCGACUAAAGUGCGUGAAGCAAGGAGGUGUUGUGGAUAAAGAUCUCCGCCAUUAUCUCAAUUUACGGUUUCAGAAAGGUUCAGUGGACCACGAACUUCAGCAAAUCAUACGUGACAACCUCUACCUCCGGACUGUGCCGUGUACAACGAGGCAGCCCAAAGAGGGAGAGGUCCCAGGUGUGGACUACAACUUUGUGAGCGUUGAGCGGUUUAUGGAAUUAGAGAAAAGUGGGGCCUUGUUAGAAAGUGGAACGUACGAAGAUAACUUCUAUGGCACGCCAAAGCCUCCUGCCGAACCCACGCCGAUGCUGUUUAAUGUGACGGACCAACUCUUGCCCGGUGCCCGACCAAGUGCAGAGGGGAAGAGGAAGAGAAAUAAGUCCGUCAGUAACAUGGAGAAGGACAGCAUUGAGCCUCCAGAAGAGGAGGAGGAGGACAGUCCGAUCAUCAACGGCAACGGCAUCGCCAUCACACCAGAAUCAAGUGAACAUGAGGACAAAUCCACCGAUGCCUCAGGAGAUGUUCCCGUCCAGCCGUGCCCACCCGAGACCCCCACCCUCACAGCCACAGACGUUCCUGAGGAGGAAGGAGAUUCUCCCAAAUCCCCACAGGACUUGCAGGAGAAUGAUGAUAUGGGCUCUUUGCCAGACAACUGGGAGAUGGCCUACACAGAGAAAGGAGAAGUUUACUUCAUAGAUCACAAUACCAAAACGACGUCAUGGUUGGACCCUCGACUAGCGAAGAAAGCUAAACCUCCAGAGGAGUGUGAGGAAGAUGAACUUCCAUAUGGCUGGGAGAAAAUCGACGACCCUAUUUAUGGCAGUUACUAUGUUGACCACAUUAACAGAAGGACACAGUUUGAGAACCCCGUCCUAGAGGCCAAACGAAGGAUCCAACAGCAGCAGCAAAUGCAAAGUCAAGGUCUAUCGGCGCUGCCAUUGCCCACCAUAUAUAGAGAAAAGCCCCCGUUUACACGUGAUGCCACGCAGCUCAAAGGGACGUUCCUCACGACGGUGCUGCAGAAGAGCAACAUGGGCUUCGGCUUCACCAUUAUCGGUGGUGAUGAGCCGGAUGAGUUUCUGCAGGUCAAGAGCGUCAUUCCUGAAGGACCUGCGGCUCAGGAUAGCAAGAUGGACACAGGUGAUGUGAUCGUCUACAUCAAUGACAUCUGUGUUCUGGGCACCACCCAUGCUGAUGUGGUGAAGCUUUUCCAGUCGGUCCCCAUUGGUCAGAGCGUGACCUUGGUGUUGUGUCGAGGUUACCCGCUCCCAUAUGACCCAGAAGACCCUUCAGCAAGCUCCUCCAUGCCCCCUUUGGGCCUGGUGGAUCACCCGUUGCUGCUUAAUGGAAGGAACAACUAUGAAAAUUAUAUGGAGUACAUGUCUUUGACUGGGCGCUUGGUACCUGAGCAUAGUGAUGGCCUCACCCCGCUUCCCCACCCAGGAGACACCCACCUGGAUGGCUCACAACCUCCAUCCCUGACCACCCCGGGACCCCCACCUGAUGACAGUGUCUCAAUGGCAUCAUCCUCAGGAGCGACAGCCGGGGCUACGGUGGCCCCGGAGCUUCUGAGUCUCACUAUAACCAAAGGUGCAGAGGGUUUUGGCUUUACCAUAGCGGACAGUCCUACAGGGCAGAGAGUUAAACAGGUUCUGGAGCCGCAGGGUUGUCCGGGGUUGUGUGAAGGAGACUUGAUAGUGGAGAUUAAUCAGAAGUGUCUCCAGGGACUGAACCACACACAGGUGGUGCAGCUGCUCAAGGACUGUCCAGUGGGAACAGAGGCUACGCUUGUCAUUCAGAGAGGAACCACAGCAGGCCUCUUUACAGCCUGGGAUCCAACAAAACAGUGGGAUCCUCAAGGAAGUCCUCAGACUGGUUUGUCGGCUUCUUUGCUUACUCAUGGUGCUCCACAUCCUGCACAGACACUCCAUCGCUCCUCUGUUCCCGAUUCAGAGGCCUUCCACUUGGGCAAGCCAGACCCCUACGACCUCUAUGAGAAGUCACGGGCUAUAUAUGAAAGCAGACGUGUGGAGUAUCAGGAGGUGGAGGUGCACCUGCUGCGGGAGAAGACCGGCUUCGGCUUCAGGAUUCUGGGUGGAGACGAGGCGGUGCAGGCUAUUGUGAUUGGAGCAAUCAUCGAGAAUAGCCCGGCAGAGCGGGAUGGCAGGCUGCGUCCCGGAGAUGAGCUGGUCUCUGUUGACAGGAUGCCUGUGGGGGGACGACCACAUCGCUACGUCAUCGACCUCAUGCACGCGGCGGCACGAAACGGACAGGUCACCCUGACGGUCAGGAGGAGAGUUCUGACACAGCAGAGCCAAUCGUGUGAGGAGAACGGUGGUUCAGCCAAUCAGAACAGCUCUCCUCGAGGUCAUGCUGUCUGUCCGGUCAACCUGCCGCCCACCACUGAUGUGGUCAUUCACCGUAAGGAAAGUGAAGGCUUCGGCUUUGUCAUCAUCAGCUCCCUCAACCGUCCAGAGACCACAAACACAAUAACUGUGCCACAUAAGAUCGGCCGCAUCAUCGAGGGCAGUCCGGCCGAUCGCUGUGGGAAGCUGAAGGUUGGCGAUCGCAUUAUGGCUGUCAACUGUCAGUCUAUUAUCAACAUGCCUCACGCAGACAUUGUCAAGCUGAUCAAAGAUGCUGGACUCACUGUCACCCUGCACAUCAUCCCAGAGGAAGACGUAAACGGUGCUCAUUCUGCCCCGACAUCGGAGAAGCAGAGUCCCAUGGUGGCCCAGAAGCACAGCCCACAAACCCAGUCCAGCCCAGCAGCCCAGCAGAGCCCGACCAUGGCUCAUCCCAGCCCUCCAGCGCCUCACCCUAGCCCGGCCACCACACAGCCCAGCCCACUACUGGUGGACCAGAGUCCUGGAGCUCCACACGGCAGCCCUCCGCUCACUCAGGGCAGUGUGUCUGUAAAUCAGGCCGGCCUGGAGAACAUGCAGUCGGGCUCAGCCUUGACUCAGGCUGCUCCGGUUCUGGAUCCAGGCAUGACAGGGAUUCAAACCACGAUCAUCGGAUCAGUGCCGGUGCCGGUACCUCCACAACUCUAUCUUCAUGACACCAGGUCAGAGGUAAAGGCCAGGCAGGAUGUUAAACCUGAUAUUUGCCAAGCUGCUUACACGGACUACAGACAGCCGCCAGUGGACUACAGACAUCCUCCUGUGGCAGAUUACAGGCAGCCGCCGACCAUGGAGUACAGACACCCGCCUGCGCUCAUCGACUACAGACAGCACUCCAUAGCUGACUACAGGCCACAGGACUAUGACUAUUUCACUGUGGAACUGGAGAAAAGUGUGAAGGGAUUUGGCUUCAGUAUCCGCGGAGGAAGGGAAUAUAAGAUGGACCUGUUUGUGUUGAGAUUGGCUGAGGAUGGACCUGCAGUCCGCAACGGCAGAAUGAGGGUUGGAGAUCAGAUUAUUGAAAUUAACGGUGAGAGUACGAGAGACAUGAGUCACGCUCGUGCCAUCGAGCUCAUCAAGGCUGGCGGUCGUCGGGUACGUCUGCUGUUGAAAAGGGGCACAGGACAGGUGCCAGAAUAUGGGAUGGUUCCUACCAACCUUUCCAUGUGCAUGAAAAGUGACACUCUAGCCUCACCCUAUUUCUUCAUAAUGGGACACUCUAAAGACACGACAGUGCCGCCUCCCGGAGUGCUCUCUCUCCAGCCACCCCUGCCUUGUCGGAAGUAGUUUCGCCCCAUUAGAGUGACUCUCACCCCUCGCCGUCACCCGUCAUCUCAUCCAGCCUCGAACCCUGGACUUUCAGUGGCAUUUCUGUGACAGUCUGGACCAAUCACGGCGCCCCUCGUGGUCAGUUUUGUGAGGCUUCGCCCGCGGACAGAAGGGUGGCAGGUCCACCUGUGAGAGCUGUGCUUUGAACAGCCUAAAAACGAAGGAGACGGAUCAUAAAAAGUCUAAAAUAUUGAGAACAGAUGGAGACAUAUCAACCUCAAAUGGAUUAUCGCAUCCAACUUGCUUUUCAUACAGUCGCCAAGUUUGUUUUUCGUGUUUCCGGAUGAUUCAGAUGAACGGCAGCCAAAGACGCGUGGCUCGGCCUCUCGCUGUUUAAUUCUGGAUCCAAAGUGGACACUUCUCACCGGGGAACGAGCCGAACUUUCAACACCUCGCUCUUCCGUCCGAGCACUCGUUGUUUGUUUAUCAUGUAGAGGUUGUUUAUUUUUUGGUAUAUUUUCAAGAGGUUCACACCAAGCCCCUUGCGAUACCAGGGGUCAAAUAUCGCAAAUAUAUGUGUAGCAUGAAAAUGAGAUUUCUGAGGAAACACACAAACUUCUGAGUUGAGAACUUUUCAGUAUUGAGUUUCUUUGUAUGUCCGAUGGGGGAACGAACAUCACACUGGCAGUAAAAAUAAAAAAGGAGGCUGCCAUGAUGGAGAUACAAUGUCACGCCAAACCAUUCAAGGUUCAUUUAUGGGAGCUAAAUGCAUAUCAGUCGCCAAAUCUGCCGCAUGGAUGUAUCCCUUUAGAUCCCGAGACAAUAGUACGGUUUAGUCUUGAUGAAUUCUUCACCCAGCCAAACGUUUGGUUUCAUCGCAGACUGACGUGAAGAAAAAUGGUGGAUGCUUUCAAAGCCUCGGUGCGUCAUUGUCGGCCUCAUUGGCCCUGUACUGUUUGCCACCACUGUGGAUUUGGGGUGCCAUCUUACACCUCACGAGCUUCAUCCCCAUGUCUCUGAUGGCUCCGUAGUUCAUGGAAGCUAAUUAGCAGAGCUAAUUAAAGGAGAAAAUGUUUGCAGGGCAGUUUGGUCUAAGACCAGGAGACAUGCAGUCUUUCACCGUGUCUUAACCAAGUGCGACAUGACUAAUAAUCAGCCUGUUAGCUCAAAAUGCGAAAGCGUAUUUGAUGUGUUUUGUAACAGUCAGCAGGGUCACACUCACAUUAGUGUGGGUCGUUAAAACAUAAAAUCAACAUAAUAUUACUCUAUUUACUUUCUUACACACAAACCUGGUCUGGAUUUGCUUGAUUUUUUGUUACCUUCCGAUUAUCCAGCCUGAUUUCAAGAGGAAACGUAGCUAUUUUACGUUUUGUCAGUUAAGUGGCUAAUUCAUAAUAAUUUGUACGAGUUCAGUCGUACAAAAAUGUACGAUUUUAAAAAAGAAGUAUGACACCCAACCCCGCCCCUAAACCCAACCGUCAUUGAAGGAUAAGCAAAUUGUACUAAAUUGUACGAAUGAGAUCGUAUGAAUUUAAAGGAAUUAAGCUAUGGUCACACUGGGCUUUGUGUGUGCGAAAUUCUGUCGUAUGGUGCUGCGAAAAGGGGCAGGAUUAAACAAGAUGAUUAGACAUUUAAUAAAGCGAGCGAUUGCUCCAUGUUUUAAAUUUCUGUCCAGAGAGGUCAUGUUUUGAUCCUCGAUCGGUCUCACACAGUCGAGUGAUGCGAUUUCACAGGUCAGAGUUCACCAAUCUUGAACUUUUCACCGCAGCAACAUGCAAAACUUGACGCAUGACCCUGCGUUUCCGGUCUGACGCAUUCGCGUGCGUAUGAAAGGAAGUCUAUAGGAGGAAAAGCCCAGUGUGACCGCAGCUUGAGCCAGUAAAUCAAAAAGUUAUCAAUUGCCGUGAGAUUGUGUUGGAUUAUUGGCUGAAAUUGUUAUUAGAUGACCUAAAAAUUGGUCAAAAUCUUGAAAAAUGUAGGAAUUUUCUUGCUGCUUGAUACAGUUGUGUGAUUAUUUAGUUGUUGUUAUU